CACAACGGCAACCGGGCAGCGCUCCUCACGCUUUAUCCAUCAUCAUUCCCGCGUGUUUGCAGAGCGAUUGCAGCAUUUGCCUGCGAUUACACCCCACGCCUUCACACAGCUGCAGCACCCCACCCCACCAAUCAGGGGCGCAGUGCCAGGAUAGGCCCGAGAGACGAGCGCUAAGGCGAUCUCCCAGCAAUUGAAGAAAUCGCAAACGGUGCGACAGCAGGCAUAUCGCGCUGGAUAGACGUGUCUCCCUACAAGCAACACCCCAUCACCUGCACCGCACGCCGAUGAGGUGCAGCCCGCGCGUCGACUCGGCCUGAUCGCACACCGCAUCUCCCCACCCCUCCUCCGAUCCUGGGCCAGCGCGUGACGGGGAAGCCCACGAUGAAUGGCGCCGACAUCAAGAAGGCCGCCAUCAACAAGGCGAAGGCGGUCGCGCAGGCCGCCAACGGGAGCGGCGGCAAGAAGCGGCGGAAGGGCCAGGACCUGAAGCCCAUCAUCACCACCGAGGGGCAGAGCGCACAGCCUCAGUACAACGUGCAGAACACGGCCUCGCCGCUGCAGCAGCACAAAAUGUACGGCAACAGCCUCAACCACUCACCCGACAGCAGCUCGUCGUCCGUCGACGAGGCCGACAACACGGCCGACGAGGAGGACAGCGAGGACUACUGCAAGGGCGGCUACCACCCCGUCCAGGUGGGCGAGGAGUACAAGGACGGCAAGUACACCAUUGUGCGCAAGCUGGGCUGGGGCCACUUCUCCACCGUCUGGCUGUCCCGCGACAACGUCACCGGCAAGCACGUCGCCCUGAAGGUCGUGCGCUCUGCCGCCCACUACACCGAGACCGCCCUCGACGAGAUCAAGCUGCUCAAGAAGGUCGUCGACGCGAAGGAAACUCACCCCGGCCGCGCCCACGUCGUCAGCCUGCUCGACUCGUUCAACCACAAGGGCCCCAACGGUGUCCACGUCUGCAUGGUCUUUGAAGUUCUCGGCGAGAACCUGCUGGGCCUCAUCAAGAGAUGGAACCACCGGGGCAUCCCCAUGCCGCUUGUAAAGCAGAUCACGAAGCAGGUGCUGCUGGGUCUCGACUACCUCCACCGCGAAUGCGGCAUCAUCCACACCGAUUUGAAGCCCGAGAACGUACUGAUAGAAAUUGGCGAUGUCGAGCAGAUCGUCAAAGCAUACGUCAAGGAGGAGCCUAAGAAAAAGGAUGACGGCGACAGCAGUGACAGGAAUGGCAGGCGGAGAAGGCGGACACUGAUCACUGGGAGCCAGCCGCUGCCUAGCCCAUUGAACGCCAGCUUCAACCACGCAGAGCUCGGCAAUUUCCCUGGGAGCACGCAGAGCCUCAACAGAGUCAUGAACGAGAGCACAGGUAAAGAGUCCCCCACGACUAUUCCGAGUCCAUCUUCUUCUCAAGACGGUUUUGUAAUGAGUGGUGCUCUAGGCACUUCGUCACAGUCUUCCGGCAUGUCCAUGGCAGAGCGCCUCGGCCUGAAGCCCAACGCUAGCGAGGAUGACGUACAGAAGCAGCGCGAGAAGACAGCUGACCUUCUCACCAAAGAGGUAUCCGGCAUCAGUCUUGACAAGCAGUCUACAUCCUCGAAAGAAAAGUCCGCCGAAGGCACACCAGACCUUGCGUUCGAGAAGAUCUCAGUCAAGAUCGCCGAUCUCGGAAAUGCCUGCUGGGUCGGGCACCACUUCACGAAUGACAUCCAGACACGACAGUAUAGGUCCCCAGAAGUCAUCCUGGGCAGCAAAUGGGGCGCCAGCACUGACGUCUGGAGUAUGGCAGCCAUGACUUUCGAGCUGAUAACAGGUGACUACCUCUUCGACCCACAAUCCGGCACAAAAUACGGCAAAGACGACGACCACAUCGCGCAAAUCAUCGAGCUCCUUGGCACGUUCCCCAAAUCGCUCUGUCUCUCCGGAAAAUGGAGCCAAGAGAUCUUCAACCGCAAGGGCGAGCUGCGUAACAUUCACCGCCUGCGCCACUGGGCGCUGCCAGACGUGCUGCACGAAAAGUACCAUUUUGGCAAGGAGGAGAGUAAGGAGAUUGCGAGCUUUUUGCUGCCGAUGUUGGAGUUGUUGCCUGUGGAUAGGGCGAAUGCGGGGGGCAUGGCGAGCCAUGAGUUCCUGAAGGAUACAAAGGGGAUGGAGAACGUGGAUUUGGGAAUCCCGUGUAGGAGUAAGGGUGAAGGGAUCGAGGGGUGGGCGACGGAGAUCAAGAAAACGAGGUAAACGGACUUUGUGUCUGUACCGAGUUACGAAGUUAUGAGCUGGGUGGGAGGGCUGCUUUUGGUCAUACUGCAUGCGAGGAUCGGUCAUUGGCAAAGAAGCAGGCGAACGUGUUUCUUGAAGUUAGAGUCAUGGUGAAGAGCAGGGUCAGACAAUUGAUCUUGGCUUGAGCGGAUAUUCUUCAUGACACAUUGGUUUAGAGUGCAGCUAGGCGUUGAUGAAAUGUUGGAAUAUCUUUACUUCCUAG